AUGGCGAUGACGCUCUCGACGACGAGCUUCGGCGACGUCGGCGCGUUGACGUCGCGCCGCGGCGGCAAGACGCGCCGCGCCGCCGCCGCCGCCGUCGUCGUCGCGUCGAAAGCGAAGGAGGUGCACCUCCUCGACUACGGCGCGGGCAACGUCCGGUCCGUGCGAAACGCGAUAACGAAGCUCGGGUUCACCGUGAUCGACAUCGCCAAGCCGGAAGAGAUCGCGCGCGCGGACAGGCUGAUAUUCCCGGGCGUCGGCGCGUACGGCAGCGCGAUGGACGUCCUGAAGGCGCGCGGGCUCGUGGACCCGCUGCGCGAUUACGUCGCGUCCGGCAAGCCGUUCAUGGGCGUCUGCCUCGGGCUGCAGCUCCUCUUCGACGGCAGCGAAGAGAGCGGCGGCGUGGAGGGGCUCGGCGUGAUCCCCGGGACCGUCGGGAGGUUCACCGGGGACGACCUCAUCGUGCCGCACAUCGGCUGGAACACGCUCGACGUGAGGAAGGACACCGGGCUGUUGUCCGACGUCCCGGACGGCGACCGGCUGUAUUUCGUGCACUCCUACCGCGCCGUCCCGGAGAAGGCGAACGAGGAUUGGGUCCUCGCGACGUGCGAUUACGGCGGCGAGUUCAUCGCCGCGGUGCAGAAGGGCGAGGUCACGGCGUGCCAGUUCCACCCGGAGAAGUCCGGGGAGAAGGGGAUCGGCAUCUUCAAAAACUUCCUCGAGGGAAACGCAAACGCGAGGGAGGCGGCGGGCGACGGCGCGAGAUCGAGGUCCAAGUCGGAUCGCGUCGCGACGGACAGAGGCCUCGCGAAGCGCGUCAUCGCGUGCCUGGACGUGCGCUCGAACGACAACGGCGACUUGGUCGUCACGAAGGGCGACUCGUACGACGUCCGCGAGUCCAGCUCCGACGGCGGGGACGUACGGAACCUGGGCAAGCCCGUCGAGCUCGCCGGGAAAUAUUUCGAGCAGGGCGCGGACGAGGUCGCCUUCCUCAACAUCACCGGCUACCGCGACCUCCCGCUCACGGACGCGCCGAUGCUCGAAGUCCUGCGACGCAGCAGCGAGACGGUCUUCGUGCCGUUGACCGUGGGAGGCGGGAUCAGGGACUUCACGGACAGCAACGGCGUGAGUUACACGUCGUUGGAGGUUGCGUCUGCGUACUUUUCGUCGGGCGCGGAUAAGGCGCACGCGGUGUACGUCGCGGAGGCGUACUACGCGUCCGGGGGUAAAAAAGACGGCACGACGAGCGUGGAGCAGAUCAGCGAGCGGUACGGGAACCAGGCGGUGGUGAUCUCGAUCGACCCGCGGCGGCAGUACGUGAAGGAUCCGAAGGACACGAAGAACAAGACGGUAAAGACGUCGCGGCCGGGGCCCAACGGCGAGGAACACGUCUGGUUUCAGUGCACGGUCAUGGGCGGGCGGGAGGGGCGGGACAUCGGCGCGUACGAGCUCGCGGUCGCGAUGGAGGACCUCGGCGCCGGGGAGAUUUUGCUCAACUGCAUCGACGAGGACGGGCAAGGGAACGGGUUCGAUCACGAGCUCGUCGGGUUGGUGUCCGACGCGGUGAAGAUUCCCGUCAUCGCGUCGUCGGGCGCGGGGUGCCCGCGACACUUCGUGGACGUCUUCAGCAGCACCAACUGCAGCGCCGCGCUCGCGGCGGGGAUUUUUCACCGCGGCGAGGUGGACAUCUCGGAGGUGAAGGCGGACAUGCGAGAGAACGCGAUUCCGACGCGGACGUGA